AUCGGCAGAGUCCACCGUAUCACGGACAAAGGCGACGUACGCGUGCAAUUCGAGGGAUGCAACAACAGAUGGACCUUUCAUCCCGGAGCACUCGUGAACGCCACGAGCAAGGACACGUUUUCUCUAGGCGACAUAGUCAGAGUGAAAACCGAUCUGUCCGCGGUUAAACUCUACCAACGUGGCCACGGCGAGUGGAUAGACGUUAUGAAAAAUGCUUUAGGAAAGACUGGGAAAGUGAUAAAGAUAUAUUCAGACGGAGACUUGAGGGUCGCUCUAGACGGUCACACGUGGACCUUCAAUCCUCUGAGUGUCACUCUCGUUCCUCCAGGGACAGAAAUUGCUUCUCUGCAGGAUGAGUCCAGGAGCAGAGACUGGGCAGCCGACAGUGUAGAUACAGAAGUGGAGAAACUGUUGAGAGACGCAGCGAGGGGAGAGGCUGGGGUAUCCGCGGUCCAAGAGUUUCUGAAGAAGUAUCCAGGAAGAGUAGAUGCCAGAGCUGGCGGUCCCGGAAGUGGCAAGAAAACGUGUCUGCAAGUCGCGGCGCAUCAAGGUCAACGUGACCUUUGCACUCUUCUUCUAGACGCUGGUGCAUCCCUGCGAGCGGUAGACGAGGACGGAGACACUCCUCUGCACUAUGCUGCAUUUGGGUUCGUUGCGUUGGAGUUGAACCAACUUUUAAGAAAAACUUUUGUUGCUAAACAUAUCAACGCGUUUGUUUACAACUAGACUGCGGAUUUUCGUGCAUGUGUAGGAAAUUUUAACGUGCAAGGAACUGCAACAUUCACACAGUAUGCAAUAAUAUAGAAAAUAUUGGAUAAGUUGAAUUAUAAAGUUUGAAUUAUAAUAUUUGUAGAGUAAGUGAAUUUGUAUAUUACAGGGUGAGUCACCUAGGAUUUGUAUCUAAAAUAUCUCCGUUGCUUUUAAUGGUAUGGAAAAAUUGUUCCGACAGAAACUCUUCAGUUUCCAGGGGACAAUAUCACCGUGUGCACGAAAAAUAUCUCAAGGUCAUAGUUUUAAAAAUUUCAAGGUCAUCAGUAUUUUUUUUAAUGGAACGGGGUAUUUUCGAUAUUGUAGUCUUGUAGCUGAUGAAAAGACAAAUU